UCCUCCUCCCUCCUCUCCGGCGCCGACCAGUGUUGCAAGAAACCGGUUCUUCCUCUCCCUCCGCCCGCACCCAUCCCGCCUCCUCUCUCUCUCUCUCACACACCCUCUCUCGUUUCUUCUUCGCCCCGAUUCUUCUCCCUUCCCCCCUCCCGCCGCCUCGAUUCUUCUUCAUCCUCUCCCUCCGAACCCCGCAUUGCCUCCCAUAAAAAAUGACCGACGCCGAGCCCUCCUCCCCCUCCUCCGCCGCCUCCGCCGACUCUUCAUGCGCCGCCGUCUGCUCCACCUCCGCCACCGCGGCCGAGGCCAGCCCGCCGCCGUCGUCGGUGUGCUCCACCUAUGGCGGCCCCACCGCCUCCAUCUCCUCUGCCGCCGGCCGCCACUUCCUUGGCUUCAUCGCCGCCCUCUCCCACUCUGUCCGCGGCCGCAAGAUCUCCGACCCCGUUCCCCCCUUCUCCCAAACCGUCACCUCCCUCCUCUCCCUCCUCCAAGCCCUAACCUCUUGGAUCGAUGAGAUUCCCCCACUCCCCCACUCCGCCCGCUACGGCAACCCUGCCUACCGCUCCUGGCUUGCCCGCCUCUCCACCGAGGCCCCCGCCCUCCUUCUCCCUCUUAUUACCUCCGAGGAGCUCCUCCCCGCCACUGACGAGCUUCUCCCCUACCUCCUCGACUCCUUCGGCAAUGCCUCCCACAUCGACUACGGCACCGGCCACGAGACCAACUUCGCCACCUUCCUCGCCUGCCUCGGCCUCAUCAGGGAGGAGGACUACCCGGCCCUCGUCAUCCGGGUCUUCGUCGCCUACCUCGAACUCAUGCGCAGGCUCCAGAUCACCUACUGUCUCGAGCCCGCUGGGUCUCACGGUGUCUGGGGCCUCGACAACUACCACUUUCUCCCCUUUAUCUUUGGCUCAGCUCAGCUUAUUGAUCACAAGUAUAUGAAGCCCAAGUCGAUUCACAACCAGGACAUUCUUGAUAACUUCUCCCACGAGUAUAUAUACUUGGCCUGUGUGGCUUUUGUCAAGAAGGUGAAGAAGGGGGUGUUUGCUGAGCACUCCCCGAUGCUUGAUGAUAUCAGUGCGGUCCCGACAUGGAGCAAGGUGAACAGUGGAAUGCUGAAGAUGUAUAAGGCUGAGGUGCUUGAGAAGGUGCCCAUCAUGCAGCAUUUUGUCUUUGGUUUGCUCAUCAAAUGGUACCAUUUCCAUCGUUCCGUUGGCAUUUGAUUAAGUGGAAACUUUAUCUUCUUUCACAUGUGAAAUUGCUUCUACGCGCAUGAUAAAAUUAGUUAUUCUUUGCGAUUAUGAUAUAAUGUAGAUUUGGGCUCAUUAAUAUUCAUUAUGGCAUUUAUUUUGAUUGUUUUUGUGUUCCUACCAUUUCCAUCUUUCCCUUGGCAUUUUGAUUAAGUGGAAACUUUAUGUUCUUUCACAUGUGAAAUUGCUUCUACCCGCAUGAUAAAAUUGGUUAUUCUUUGUGAUUAUGAUAUAAC